GGUAAAAGAAGACAUGAAAUGAGCUCGUUGACAACCACCGAAACAGUGACGGCUGACUGAAGACUUUGUGGCUCCUCCGGUCAGAACCUCCAGUCCAGAUGGAGCAGGAGAGCUCCAGGAGCCAUGAAGGUGAAGCACCACCUGCUGGUCUGAUGCCGGGGGGGGCUGAACCGUUCCCUCCUCCAUCGGGACGGAACAUUCUGGAGAUGACAUCACAGACAGCAGGACAGCAGUCCACCAUGGCGCCCCCCCUGACCCUCCCGUGUGUGUCCUACCUGGCUGUGCUGCUGGUUUUGGUGGACGCCUCCUCCUCCUCAGGUGGGAGAAAGAACUUCCAAGCAGACCUCCACGGUCAUUCUCUGACAGAUCUCUACAACAGUCCGGUGAUGACAGCAGAGAGAGUGAAGAGACCAUUUGGGUCCUCUGGAUCUGGAUCAGGAGGAUUCAGUCACACCGGAGUUCGAGUGACGCUGGAAGACGGCUCUCAGUGGCUCGUCCAUAAAGGCCGCAGAUACGGAGACGCCUCAGAGACGGUGGUGACAAGAGCUGGACACAUGAGCGACAAAUGGAAGGUGAUCCAGACCAAGAACUUUGACGGCUCCAAGACAGUGUCGGACCUCGUGCGGGCCGGAGGCACCAAAUACAAUCUGCUCAGGGACAACUGCCACCACGCGUCUCGCAGGAUGAUGAAUCUGGGGGGCCGAUCCUCCAACAGGAGAAGGAACUGAUCUCCUCCAUCCAGGAGGUGCAUCUCCAGCUCAGUCCAGAUCAUCUGAGAUCCAAUGUUUCAGCUUCUCCUGCUGGAGGCUGGGCGACCUCUGUGCUGCUUCCUGACUCUACAGGUCUGCUGUGGCUGGGUUGAUAAAAUCGAUUAGUCGAUCUGAAUCGGUCGAAGCUUAAUAGAGCAAUGAUCGAUCCAUAAAAAUAUAAAUCGAUUUAAAUCUAAAGUCUGCUAGCUUGAUGCUAACGUUUAAUGGGAUUUACCAUAGGAUGGCUAAUGCUAACGCUCGGCCGUCGUAAACAUACAUUCUAACUAAAUGAACUUCUUUAUAUGAAUUAUCCAAACUCUUUUAAGGAAAUGUUUUUAAAGUAACAAUUUGUGGUCCAAAACAUAGUUUUUUCCUCAUUUUUUCUUCUUCUGGAUUAAGGUGUAAUGCUAUAGCAUGAUCUCCACCUAGUGUC